GACGGUGGUGCCCUCACGAACUUCAAAUAUUUUUUUCGUCGAUCAGCCGUCCGAAAAAUGGCUGCCAGUGUGUUACACGCUGUUCUUCGCAAAUCGGCGGUGAAUUUGCCGACCGGAGGCAAGAUUUUGUUGCAGAACGGAGGCUCAUUAUAUGUGGCCAACAAACAGCAAACCAGAGGAGCAAAGAAAUGGUUCCCCGAUCUUGAUUUCAUCAAGCAGUAUGAGGGUGCUGUCUUGUAUCCUGACGAGGUCACCUCCAAGUGGAAGUUGCUGCCAUACAAUUUUGUCAAGCCCACAUUUGAGAAAAAAGUCAAGAACCUUACUCUAAAUUUUGGACCUCAACAUCCGGCGGCUCACGGUGUGCUUCGUCUAGUCCUAGAGCUUGAGGGAGAGACGGUCUUGAGAGCAGACCCUCACAUCGGUCUCCUGCACCGAGGCACUGAGAAGCUCAUCGAGUACAAGACCUACACUCAAGCACUGCCUUACUUCGACCGACUCGACUAUGUAUCCAUGAUGUGCAACGAGCAGUGCUAUUCUUUGGCUGUGGAAAAGUUAUUGAACAUCGACAUUCCUCUCAGAGCCAAGUACAUCAGAACUCUCUUUGCCGAACUCACCAGAAUUCUGAACCACAUCAUGGCCAUUGGCACUCAUGCUCUGGAUAUUGGUGCACUGACUCCGUUCUUCUGGCUUUUCGAGGAGCGAGAAAAGAUGAUGGAGUUUUACGAGAGAGUUUCCGGUGCCCGAAUGCACGCAGCCUACGUAAGACCUGGUGGAGUUAACCAGGACAUGCCUCUUGGAUUGAUGGACGACAUUUAUGAGUUUGCAAGCAAGUUUUCAGAGCGUAUUGACGAAGUUGAAGACGUCUUGACCACCAACAGAAUUUGGGUCCAGCGAACAAAGGAUAUUGGCAUCGUUUCUGCUGAGGAUGCUCUGAACUACGGUUUCAGUGGUGUCAUGUUGCGAGGCUCUGGAAUCAAAUGGGACUUGCGCAAGUCUCAACCUUACGACGCUUACGACAAAGUGGAAUUCGACGUCCCAAUUGGAGUCAAAGGGGACUGCUAUGACAGAUACUUGAUUCGCGCUGAGGAAAUGAGACAAUCUUUGAGGAUAAUUGAGCAGUGCUUAAACCAAAUGCCUGCAGGCGACAUUCGAACUGAUGACGCCAAAGUCUGUCCACCCACAAGAUCCGAGAUGAAGACUUCAAUGGAGGCUCUCAUUCAUCACUUUAAGCUGUACACUCAAGGAUACUCGGUUCCACCUGGAGCCACUUAUACAGCUAUCGAGGCGCCGAAAGGCGAGUUUGGCGUUUAUUUAGUUUCCGACGGCAGUUCCAAGCCUUAUAGAUGCAAGAUUAAGGCUCCUGGAUUUGCGCACUUGGCUGCCACAGAUAAAAUUGGAAAGAACCACAUGUUGGCAGAUAUUGUAGCUAUUAUUGGCACCUUGGACGUUGUGUUUGGCGAGAUUGAUCGUUGAGCGAUGCAAGAGCCAUAGGGAGUAUUAUCAACCCAUUGGAGAAAGAACAUUCACCUGCUUCUUUAUAAUUUAAUGUAAAUAAAUUGUUAAUUCCUGAUUGCCGGGGAUUAUUAUGUUAA